AUGGCCCCAGCCAAGAACAUUGGGGCGGCACGAAUCCUUGUCAUCGUCAUGGUGGCAACUGCAUUAUUACCGUCGUCAAGCGCCACCGUCACCAAGUCCGACGAGAACCUGUUCAAGUUUGCCCUCGCCGGGCUCAUCAGUUCGGUCCUCGACGACGUCAUCGCCGCCACCCCACCAGCCAAAAUACCUGAAGUAAAAGCGGCCGGGGAGAAGCAAGUGCAACUCGCUAGUGCCAAAGUGAACACGGCCAAAGGAGACAAGGCGAAAUUAGAUGCGUUCAUGUUGGCCUACAAGAAGGUCGGUGAGCAAGUCCUUGCCGCGCCGCCCGCUCAGAAGUUCUCGAUCAUGGAGAAAGGCUUUACUGAGGCUGCUUCUAGCCCAGCUCCGUAA